GAGGCGGGCUCUCCAGGGAACCUGGGCAUUCCAAGCGAGGAGAGAGAGAGGGAGAGAGAGAGAGAGAGAGAGAGAGAGAAGUUCGUCGCCGCUGCCGCUGCCCCGAGGGAGGAAGCGAGGGUCUAGGGAACGGCAGGCAGAGCGGGGAUUCGCUUAGAGCAGGGGGAGGGGGCGCGCGCGUAGGAAGGGCCCGAAAGAUUCAGAUUCCCACCAGCUUUUCCGCGAGUUCGAAUCCCGGGCGGGGCAGCUAAAAUUGGGCUGAGUUUGGAGGCCCGGAGGCAUUGGGAGGGGCUGGGACUCUAAGAAGGGGCAGGCUUGGAACCCCUGAACGAGUUUGAUCUGUGUUGAGUGGACUGGGAGGGAGAAAAGUCAGAGAUUGGCCAAAGGGGAGGUUGCUGACUCCUAGAACCCUCAAGACAGUGGGCAGUAGGGUCUUGGGGACACAGCAGGAGAGACUCAAAGUUGGAGGUCUGUUUGAAUACUUUCUGGAAGUUGUUGUAACUCAGUCGCCUUGACCUUGAAGCCGGGCCAGGCCUUGAGGGUUUUAUCACCCAUCAUCCCCAUGGAAGAGGCCCAGGCGAGUGAGCGGAGCCCCCUCCUUGGAGAGCAGGCCCGCUCACCUGUGGGAUCCUCUUCUGUGUUCCACGGGCGGCGCUUGGCAUGUGCGGCGGUGCUCCUGGCUGAGCUGCUGGAGAGGGUGGCCUUCUACGGCAUCACGUGCAACCUGGUGCUCUUCCUCAAUGGCACCCCGUACAACUGGGAGGGGGCCCAGGCCAGCCAGGCUUUGCUGCUCUUCAUGGGCAUCACCUACCUCGUGUCCCCCUUUGGGGGCUGGCUGGCAGAUGCCCUGCUAGGCAAAUUCCCCACCAUCUUGGUCAGCAUGGCCUUGUACCUGCUGGGGAUGCUGGCCUUCCCGGCCAUGGCCUUCCCCACCACCCGGCAGUGGCUCUGCGGCGAAAUGCACCCAUGGCCCGUGGAGAACUGCUCUGCACCUCUGGACACCAACGUGACAUCGCCGCCAUGCCAGCUGGAGGGAGCCACCCGCUAUUGCCUCGCUGCCACCUUCAUUGGCCUGGUGCUUGUGGGCAUCAGCGUCGGGUCGGUCAAGGCCAACAUCACACCCUUCGGAGCCGAUCAGGUCAAGGAUCGAGGUCCUGAAGCCACUCGGAGGUUUUUUAACUGGUUUUACUGGAGUAUUAACUUGGGAGCCAUCCUGUCCUUAGGAGGCAUUGCAUAUAUCCAACAGAAUGUGGAUUUUCGCACAGGCUACAUCAUCCCAGCUGUUUGCAUUGGAGUGUCCUUCUUCGUGUUUUUGUGCAGUCAAAGUGUCUUCAUCACAAAGCCCCCUGAUGGCAGUGCCUUCACAGACAUGUUUAAAAUCCUAGCCUAUUGUUGCUGUUCACGGAAAAGGUCCGAAGAAUACCCUAGGAACAGGGAUAGCCAGGGUAUACUUCAGCACCAGCCUCCCAAACAAAGCCUCUUUGAGAUGGCAAAAGCUUCCCGUGGAGGACCGUUCAGGGAAGACAAAGUUGAAGAUGUCAAAGCACUUGUUAAAAUCAUUCCUGUCUUCUUGGCUCUCAUACCUUACUGGACGGUCUAUUUUCAGAUGCAGACGACGUAUGUCCUCCAGAGCCUGCAUUUGAGGAUCCCACAGUUUUCAAAUGCCUCCGUUAACAGCACUUUGACCAGCCAUACGUUCCCAGCUGCUUGGCUGACCAUGUUUGAUGCAGUGCUAAUCCUCAUCCUCAUCCCUUUGAAAGAUAAAGUGGUUGACCCCAUCUUGAAAAGGAACGGCCUCCUUCCCUCAUCUCUGAAGAGAAUUGCUGUUGGGAUGUUCUUUGUGAUGUGUUCUGCCUUCGCUGCAGGAAUAUUGGAAAGCGAUAGGCUAAAGGUUGUGAAAGAAAAGACGAUUGAUCAGAAGAUCGGGACAACAGUAUAUCAUGCAGCUGAUAUGUCCGUCUGGUGGCAGAUCCCUCAAUACAUUCUGAUCGGUUUCAGUGAAAUAUUUGCAAGCAUUGCGGGUCUGGAAUUUGCCUAUUCAGCUGCUCCUAAAACUAUGCAGAGUGCCAUCAUGGGUCUCUUUUUCUUUUUUUCCGGAAUUGGAUCUUUUGUUGGCUCAGGACUUCUGGCACUGGUCUCUAUUAAAUCGAUUGGUUGGAUGAGUAAUCACUCAGAUUUGGGUAACAUUAAUGGCUGCCAUCUAAACUACUACUUCUUCCUGCUGGCAGCUAUCCAAGGAGGAACCCUUCUGCUUUUCCUUAUUGUAUCUGUCAAGUAUGACCGUCAAAGAUCCCGGACUAAUGGAGCCACCGCUGGGGUGCGGACCUGACAAGAUGUGUAACAGAAGAGGGGUUGGCAAGGGUCUUAAAUGUUACCACAGUGGGACAUUAUCUCUAAACUUGCAUGUUAAUGUUGACUUCUUGCCUCAUACCACCCCCCUCCCUGCAUUUCCUUGUAAAGGUGGGUAAGUGCCUUAUGUUUAGCAAGAUAAUUUUCUUUGUCUUGCCUCGUGCCCUGAGGUGCAGCACAAAACCUAUUUCUCCAGUGCAUUACCUGUUGGCAUCAACAGCCAGUCCAUCACACGUAUUCCAAGCCGUUUUCUCCCAUUUGUUAGUGCCAGAAACGGAUAGCCUUUGCAAAUGGAGCUCACAGAUGACUGCUGCUUUGGAAGCAUUUCUGUUCUCUUUUGAAGGACUUUGAAGGAAGCGGAUGAAAACACAGAUUGCCUUUCACGUUCCUUUUUUUCUCCCCUACAAUUAAAACUUCUCAUUUUCAAAAAAAAAGUGGAUCAGCUAAAUAGACUCUUUGAGAAAUAUCUCCCGUUCAAACCAACCAGUUGGAGAAUUAAUUCUGUUGGCUGUAUGAGAACGAGUUGUGGGAGGAGUGUUUUUCCCCCUGCACUGAACAAAAAGGGAUGGAACUUUAGACAUCUGCGUUUUUCAGAAGACGAAGCAACAGCCCUCAUGAUUGCAGACUGGUGGUCUUUCAGCUGCUACGUGGUGUGCUCUUUUUUUCCCUUUCUUUUGUAUACAAAAUAAUGUUGGGAUGUAAAACUGAGCUGGUUUCAGAGCUUGUGUGUGUGAGUGUGUGUUACAUUGAAUUAUCUUUUUUUUUAAAGUAGGAAUUUAGAAACUUCAAAUCAUUGGGGCAAUAAUUGUGUGCUGUUAAUAAGUCAAUACGUUGCUUUGAAAUUAUUGAUUCCUUUUCUGACUGAGCAGGUUGAGAACCACAGCAGGAGUAGUAAAGUCGGGGACUGAAACCAACAUGGUAGCAAGGAUGGAUGAAUGGAUGGAUAUCCUAAGGGGCUCAGUAAUUUUUGGGCGGAGAAAUAGGUGUCAUUAAGUUGUGGGAAUGAACCCAGCAUGAAUGAAGACAUGAGCUGAUAUAUUACAGUGGUUCUCAACCUGUGGGUCCCCGGGUGUUUUGGCCUACCACUCCCAGAAAUCCCAGCCGGUUUACCAGUUGUAUUGUUGACAAUUUUAACAGAAAGGAAGAAACCAUGAAAAUGAACAAAAUCUGGCUACCAGUAUUAAAAAAUUCCAAAUUAAUAACAAUAAAUAAAGAACAAAACUCAAACACAGGGGAACUCCAGACAAGAAACAAUCAGGAACAGCUAAUCACCUCUCAACAAAGGAUUCCCCCAGGCAGGAACAAGCCACACCUCAAAACUAUCAGGCCAUACAGCCCGAAAAACGUACAACAACCCAGUUUACCAGCUGUUAGGAUUUCUUGGAGUUGAAGGCCAAAACAUCUGGGGACCCACAGGUUGAGAACCACUGUGGUAUAACAUCCAAAAAUUAAGUAUCAUUCAAAUUUGAGAGUGGCUGUUGAGAUGUUAUACUAUAACUUCCCUCAGCCACAAAUAGCUAUGGUAGAAAAAAGUGAAAAUUGCUGUCCACUAACAUCUGGAAGGCCGUACGUUUCCCAUCCAUCUUCUGUGUGAUUCCCUGUUAAAAAUCUGAUAUUAAAAAUAGCUUUCUUGCAGAGUCAGAAACAUCUCUGUGGAUAGAACUAUCCUGAUGUUUGUUGUUUUUAGAAAGGUACAAUUAUGUGCAAGUCCUCCAGGUCUUUCCCAACUUUAAUAACUCGAUUCCUACUUAUUUCUGACGACACGUACCUGGUGAGGAAGAAAGUUCUUUUAUUUCCCACAGGACCUAAUUUUUAAUUGUGUUUCCUCUGUUAACUUUGAUGCCGAAGACAACAGAGCAAUAUGUAAAGCAAUAUUUUGCACAGAAAUAAUGGAGUCCAUGGGAGACAAAGGAAAUAACUCAGUUUCAUAACAAAUUGGUUUUUUAAAAGUUUUCUUUUGUGUUUAAUGUUUAAGCAUUGUGGGGUGUGUGUGUGUCUUUGCUUUACUUCAAUUCAUUUAAACAAAACUGUUUACAAAACCCUUGCGCUAUGAGCCUGUGUUCCGAGUUGAAAUAAAAAUAGGCUACUUAUA